GUUUGAACUUGCCCUCUCUCUCAUCUUUCUUUCUCUCUCUUGGCCCUCUUUUUUGCGGUUCUUUCUUUCCCCUUCCUUUCUUCCUUUGAGCUAUCAUUCUUGCUACAACAGAGGCUAGUACAAAUAACGCACCCCACUCCCUCUCUCUCUCUCUCUUAUUUAUGUUGGAAAACCUUCAAUGCUCCCCACAACAACAACAACAACAACAUACGGUUUUGUGCUUGUCCUGCUUCUCGUUCUCUCCUUGCUCGCUGAGCCACCCGUCGACGCCAACGUCGACGCCGCCGAGAAGCUAAUUCCAUUCGACGAUGGCAACAUCAAGUACUUUGGCCGAUGGCAGCUGACCGAGCACGACAUGCGGAGCAACUGGCCUGGUGCCUAUUUCAAGACAAACGUGUACGGUGGCCGUAGUAUCAAGCUGAGGCUGAAUCAGCCGACGCAUAUCUACGUCCAGUUGGAUGAAGGGCCAGUCCGCCAGUUUAUUGCAAAGUACACCGGCGCGUGGCCCAUCCAGGUCGAUGUGGCGCCGGCGGACCUCACCGAUGACCACCAGCACCAACUCGUUGUCGCCGCUGCUGCCAAUGCCACCAUCUGUCUCGAGUCGCUCGUCUUGGACAUGGCAGGCGAUACCACCCCGCCUGCCAACGUAUCGCCACAGCUUGUCGAAUUUGUCGGCCACGACCUGGCGCUUGGCGUCGGCACCUCACAGUCUUUGCUCACUGGGUUUCCCUGGAUGGUAUCGACCCUGAUCGGCGCCGAGCAUGCGCAGAUCGCCUAUAGCCGUGCACGGCUCAUGAACGAUACGACGAUCUUGGGCAUGGAAACCCGCUAUUUUGACUGGUCGCCGCACGAGCUCUUGAGCGACGGCGAUCCGUGGGAUUUUAGCAGCUAUGUGCCUGCAGCCAUUGUCGUCUUGCUCGGCCAGAACGAUUACAAAGAGAACGAAUACACCGAUACGCUCGUCGGUUUCUUGAAACGCAUACGAACCCAUUUACAUUAUACGUCGAUACUUGUACUGUCGGAACCGCUCGGUGAUUUGGUGCGCCAAUCACAGGAUGCAGUCUAUCAGCUGAACGAUCAAGGCGAUCAGAACGUUUUCUUUGUGGAUACAACCGGCUGGGUCCAGUAUGGAUCGACUGCAUUUGCUGACUCUAUGCAUCUGAAUGACGCAGGCCAGGAUCGUUUAGCACGAAAGCUCGCACCGUUGCUCACAGCACGCCUGUCAACACCACCACAACCGUUGCCAGGGCCACCGCCGAAUCCAAGCCUGCCGCAUGACUGGCAAACGAUGGACGUGGGCGAGGAAGAUGCCGUGGGACUGCCUGGAUCCGUAUCGUUCGACUCGCCACACACGUUCACGCUAUGGGGCUCGGGGAUCGAUAUUGGCAACGGUGGCAGAGAUGCAUUUCGGUUUGUGUAUCAGGCCCUGUCGGCCGACGGUGCCAUUGAAGCCACCGUCGUGUCGCACUCCGCAUUCGCUUCAUGUGCCAAGGCGGGCAUCAUGAUGCGGGAACACUUGGCACUCGGCUCCCCACACGUCAUGCUCGGAAUUUCUCCCGCCAACGGCAUCUUUGUCCAAACCCGUUCUUCGAAUUUCAACCAGACUCGGCUGGUCAAGAAGCUGCGUGCUUCACCGCCUUAUCGAUUCCGUCUGGUCCGCAAGGGGACGGAUUUCAUUGCGCAAGCGAGUGUUGACAACGGCACGGAUAAAGGAGGCGAUGAUGGUGGUAGUGGUGAUGAAGGUGGUGGUGACGCCAGCGGAGGAGGACGCACAGAUGAUGAAGGUGGUCAGGCACCAGUUACUGAAUGGCAGACACUGGCCAACAUGACUGACUUGCUCUUUGCACGAGAUAUCUAUGUUGGUUUGGCAGUGACAAGCUGCGAUCCAUCCGUAGUCAGUGUGGCAAAGUUUGCAGACAUUUCUCUGAGUGGAGGCGUUGGUAAUGGAUUCUAUUCUUCUUCUUCUUCUUCUUCUCCUACAUCCCAACAACAACAACAACACCCUCGUUUGAUCAAUCAACAGUAAAUGGAGAGACACUCUCUUUCCAGCUCCCAUAACUCAUUCAUAUACCACAAUCAUAUAACACCAAAGUAGUCAGUAGCAUAUAACACCAAUUAGUAGUAGUAUUAGUUAGUAGCAGCAAUAUAUUCCCCCCAACCCAACACCAUUACGCAAAGCAAACUUGUAUAUCUUUUUUUUUCAAUUGUAAUAUAUAAACAACAACAACAACAACAACGUCUUCAUUUUCUCUCACCACACCAAAGAAAAAGCGCUCAUGUCCUUUACGCCAUC